AUGAGUUCUUCAUCAAGCUCUCGCGAACCUUCACCAUCUAUGAAACAAACUUUACCAAACGAUUAUGGAGCACCUAUUGAAUAUUUCUUACGAGCUGCACAAUGGCAAAGAGCAGUCUCACCAAGGUUAGGUGUUCCACCAGCUCCUGUCAAAAAUAGCAUUUGGUCAAGUCCUUAUAUAAAAUAUGGUCUCCCACUAGGUUUGCUAGCUACAGCAGGAGCAGUAAUGAUGUUGAAAAGAAAUAAAGCAAAUGUUGUAAAUAAUACUGAAGUAGCUGAAGUUAAACAAACUCCGACACCAUCGCCAAAACCAACGCCUUCACAAACAACACCUUCAAUGACUCCUGAACCUAUGGAAUUACAAACUCCUGUUCAAAAGUCAACUCCAAAACCGACUCCAACAUUUAAACCAGAAAAAACCAGAAUUUUCGAAAAAGUGACACCAACUAUUAAAGUUAUUUUAUUACUAGAUUUAUUUACAAAUUAUAAGAUAAUAUCAUUAACCGAAUAUAUUUUUAAUAUAAAUAAAAAACUUUUUUUAUACAAAAAAUUACAAUCAAUCGAUAAAUAUUAUAAAACAUUUAUUCCAAAAAGAUUAAGUAAUAGGUGGGAUCCUGCAUAUAAUAUAAUUUUAUGUCAUAAAGUUUACAAAUUUUAG